AUGAGGAUCACAAGAAAUCAGAGCAGUGCAUCUGAGUUCAUCCUCCUGGGACUCCCCAUCAAUCCAGAGGACCAAGACAUGUAUUCUGCACUGUUCCUGGCCAUAUACUUGACCACAGUGCUGGGGAAUCUGCUCAUCAUCCUGCUUAUCAGAUUGGACUCUCACCUCCACACCCCCAUGUACUUCUUCCUCAGCCACUUGGCCUUCACAGACAUCUCUUUCUCAUCAGUCACAACUCCAAAGAUGCUCAUGAAUAUGCUGACACACAGUCAGUUCAUCUCAUAUGCUGAGUGCAUUUCCCAGGUGUACUUUUUCCUAUUUUUUGCAGAUCUUGACAGCUUCCUUCUGACUUCCAUGGCCUAUGACAGAUAUGUGGCCAUCUGCUACCCCCUCCACUAUACCAGUAUCAUGAGUCAGAGUGUCUGUUUCUUACUGGUCAUUGCAUCUUGGUUCUUAUCCUUUGCUGGUGCCCUUGUUCACACCAUCCUUCUAGCUCGUCUCUCUUUCUUUAGAGGCAACACUCUCCACCACUUCUUCUGUGAUCUCUCUGCUUUAAUUAAGCUAUCCAGCUCAGACACCUCUAUAAAUGAGCUGGUCAUUCUCAUUGUAGGAUCACUGGUCAUUACUGUGCCAUUCAUAUGUAUCCUGUUCUCUUAUGGCCGCAUUGGAGCCACCAUCCUGAGAACUCCCUCAAUCAAGGGAAUCUGCAAAGCCUUGUCCACAUGUGGCUCUCACCUCUUUGUGGUUUCUCUCUAUUAUGGAGCCAUUAUUGGGCUAUAUUUUGUCCCCUCAUCUAACAACACUAAUGACAAGGAUGUCAUUGUAGCUGUGUUGUACACUACGGUCACACCCAUGCUAAAUCCCUUUAUCUACAGUCUUAGGAAUCGAGAUAUGAAAGGAGUUUUGAGGAAUAUGCUUGCAAGGGCAACAUUUUCCAUGUGA